CCCGGCCUGGCGGCUGGAGCGGGCGAAGCGGGCGGGGCAGGGGAGGGGGCGGGCGCCCGAAUAUGCAGAUGAGCUCGUGACGGACAGCUCCGCGUUCCAAUGUCCCUCGGAAACUCGAGCGCUCUUUCCUCAACUCCUCACUCCCGAGUCCAGACUCCCCCAAACCCCGACCGCCGGCCUGGCGCGCGGCUGCGCCCACCGGCUCCGCGCUGCCGCCGCCCCCGCCGCCGCCGCCGCCGCCGCCGCCCAGCCGCUCCCCCGGCCCGCGGGCCGCCCGGGCUAGUGCGCAGGCCAGCCUGCCUCGGCCGGCGGUCCCCGCGCCCGCCUCCGCCGCGCCGCGCCCCGGCCGGGCGUGGAUGGAGGGCGCCGCGCGCCCUGCCCGCUGCUCGGCGUGACGCGGGCCCUGCGCCCCGCGCCCACCAUGUCCUACCCGCAGGGCUACCUGUACCAGGCGCCCGGCUCGCUGGCGCUAUACUCGUGCCCGGCGUACGGCGCGUCGGCACUGGCGGCGCCGCGCAGCGAGGAGCUGGCGCGCUCGGCGUCGGGCUCGGCGUUCAGCCCUUACCCGGGCUCCGCGGCCUUCACCGCGCAGGCGGCCACGGGCUUCGGCAGCCCGCUGCAGUACUCGGCCGACGCUGCCGCCGCCGCCGCCGGCUUCCCAUCCUACAUGGCUCUUGUCGGUUGCAGGGUGCGCCCUACGACGCACACACGACCGGGAUGACGGGCGCCAUCAGCUACCACCCUUACGGGAGCGCGGCCUACCCGUACCAGCUCAAUGACCCGGCCUACCGCAAGAACGCCACGCGGGAUGCCACGGCCACGCUCAAGGCCUGGCUCAACGAGCACCGCAAGAACCCUUACCCCACCAAGGGCGAGAAGAUCAUGCUGGCCAUCAUCACCAAGAUGACCCUCACGCAGGUCUCCACCUGGUUCGCCAACGCGCGCCGGCGGCUCAAGAAGGAGAACAAGAUGACGUGGGCCCCCAGGAACAAAAGCGAGGACGAAGACGAGGACGAGGGCGACUCGGCAAGGAGCAAGGAGGAGAGUCCGGACAAGGCGCAGGAGGGCACCGAGACUUCGGCGGAGGACGAAGGGAUCAGCCUGCACGUCGACUCGCUCACGGAUCACUCGUGCUCCGCCGAGUCGGACGGAGAGAAGCUGCCGUGCCAGGCCGGGGACCCCCUGUGCGAGUCGGGCUCGGAGUGCAAGGAGAAGUACGACGACCUGGAGGACGACGAGGACGACGACGAGGAGGGCGAGCGGGACCUGGCGCCGCCCAAGCCCGUGACCUCGUCGCCGCUCACCGGCGUGGAGGCGCCGCUGCUGAGCCCCCCAUCCGAGGCCGCGCCCCGCGGGGGCGGCGGCGGCGGCGGCGGCAAGACGCCCCUGGGCAGCCGGACGUCGCCGGGCGCGCCGCCGCCCGCCAGCAAGCCCAAGCUGUGGUCUCUGGCCGAGAUCGCCACGUCGGACCUCAAGCAGCCGAGCCUGGGCCCGGGCUGCGCGCCGCCGGGGCUGCCAGCGGCCGCCGCGCCCGCCUCGUCCGGGGCGCCGCCGGGCGGCUCGCCCUACCCCGCGUCGCCGCUGCUCGGCCGCCACCUCUACUACACGUCGCCCUUCUACGGCAACUACACAAACUACGGGAACUUGAACGCGGCGCUGCAGGGCCAGGGGCUCCUGCGGUACAACUCGGCGGCCGCGGCCCCCGGAGAGGCGCUGCACGCGGCGCCCAAGGCUGCCAGCGACGCGGGCAAGGCGGGCGCGCACCCGCUGGAGCCCCACUACCGGCCCCCCGGCGGCGGCUACGAGCCCAAGAAAGAUGCCAGUGAGGGCUGCACCGUGGUUGGUGGAGGCCUCCAGCCCUACGUAUAGAAGGGCCGCACGCAGCAAUGCAAGGGGUUUGAGGACAGAGCACUGCAAUCUUCCCCGGUUUUUUUUGUUUUGUUUUUCCCUUUAAGUGGGAGAGGAUCCAUUCUCUUUUAGAGAGUCCCUCUUUUUCUGCUCAAGUUCUGCUUUACAGAAUCACUCCUUUAACUGGAAUGUAUUUAUUGCACUACUGCUGUUGUUUUCUCUUUGGAAAAAAUAGAUUCUUAAAAUCUGGGUAUUUGUAUGCAACUUGGAACUUUUUUUGUUUUUUUAACUACGCUAGACCCUUAAUAGACACUUGCUUUGAUGAGCGAGUGCUCCUGAAACUUGGGGUAUCAAACCCCUUUAUAGAUGAUCUUUGCAGAGUCAGACUGUAGAGACAUAGAAGGACUAGUCUAGUCUUUUAUCAGGCUUGUCCCUAUGUCCAGAUGGACUAGAUAGGGCCGUGCAGUUCGCCUGGCUGACAGCAGUAACUCAAAAAAUACCUACUUUACAAGUAGGCACAAUUGCUAAUCACAGAUCUUGAAGAUGGGAAAGAUGCAAAACCAUUUCAGAUGGACUCUUUUUUAGAAUAUGAUGAUGUUGGCAUGGGACUGAAGGAUUUGGGAUGAUUUGGUUUUUU